UAACGCGGUUAAUUUACUUGGUAAACCUGACAAACAUCAGUGAGGUUGAACGCUUCAUUAACAUAGUUGACCAAAUCUAUUGACAAACGUGACCAUCCGUGACUUGUCUUUCGGCCUUCAAGGCGACAUCUUCCGUGCUGUGGGUACGCGGUCUCCCCAGUGGCUCCAACAAGUGGUGACUUCGGUUCUCCGUGGGGUUCGGGAGUUCUUGCCGUGCGGUUGAGCAUCACAUCCGGGACAACACUUCAUCAACAUCGCCGCUUCAUCAACAUCGCCAAGAACUUUCGUUAACACAGUUAACUGACUUAGUAAACUUCGUUGACUAACAUCAACGAGGUUGAACACGUCAGUAACAUAGUUAACAAAGUUGUUGACAAACGCGAACAUCCACGACAUCUCUUGUACCGUCAAGGCGAUAUCUUCCGUGAGUACAUUCGCCCCUCGCAUUCGUCCAGAUGCGUGCUAUAACAGGAUGAAAUUUACCUGCGACAAAAUAAUGAUACAUUAUGUUCAUGCUUAGGGAAGCCAAUCAGGUACAAUGGGAGGGCUGACAGCCAAAAAAAUCCACCAUUGGACUUUUUUGUUCCACAAAUCAUCUUUUUUACGAUACGUAAAUUGUCUUACAGGUGUCACUUUACCGAUCAAAAAAAUCACCUUUGCUUAAUCACUGAUUGAUCACGUACACACAUUUAUUCAAAAUGUCACGUAGCUCUCCGAGUCCUCAAACAAUUAGAUAAUAUGUAUUAAAAAUGUCAUAGCUCGACACAACUGAUUCGUACAUGGUGGACAUCAUGUGUAUGUGCCACAAAUUGUGAGUUGUGGAGUCAGUUAGCAACAUUUGACCCGAGCUCACUCGGCUUCAUCAUCUGUGGCGUCUAGGUGCUGUGGGUGCGCGGUCUCCCAAGCGGCUCCAACAAGUGGGGACUUCGGUUCUCCGUGGGGUUCGGGAGUUCUUGCCGUGCGGUUGAGCAUCGCAUCCGAGACAACACUUCAUCAACAUCGCCGCUUCAUCAACAUCGCCAAGAACUAUUGUUAACACAGUUAACUGACUUCGUAAACUUCAUUGACUAACAUCAACAAGGUCGAACACAUCAGUAACAUAGUUAACAAAGUUGUUGACAAACGCGAACAUCCACGACAUCUCUUUGUACCGUCAAGACUAUGUCUUCCGGUGGAGAGAAGAGCAAGCCGAGGGGAAACCCUGGCUCGAAGAGGCAGCGCAAGAGGAUGCACUGUGCCAUAAGACUAGAAGCUGAGCGCCAGAUACGGGAGCUUGAGAUGAUCCUGCUGGAUCGUUGUGCACAGCAGCAGGCCAAGUAUCAGCAGGAGCUGCUGGAAUUCCAGAACAGCACCGAGCUGAAGAGCUUCAUCAUCCACCACCAGCAGCAAAAGGCAGAAGAGCAGCAGCAGGCAGAAGUCAACGCUAGUAAUGAGGAUGUGCAGCAGACAUGUCAAAAUAGCAAGAAGGUUGAGAACGAGAUGGAGGAGAUGGAGAAAGUGGGGGAGAGAAAUUGUAUGAAGAGAAAACGUGGGAGUAGGAAGAAACAUAAGAACAAGAAGAAAGUUCUGGAGGAGACGGUGAAAGAAGAGGUGGCUGAGAGAGAGGGGAGUGAGGGAAAGCCCAUGCAGGAAAUGGUGGAGGUUGGGAUGAUUGAGGUAGAGAUGAUUGAGACAGUGGCUUUGGAGGAUGUGAUGAAGGAGGUAGAGUUGAAUAAGGUAGAGGUGUUAGAAGGAGAUGGCAAGCGGGAAUUAGCGAAUGAGGCAGAGGUAGUGGUGAUUGAGGUAGAAGCAAUGGCAAAGCAGGAAGUGGUGGAAGAGAUAGCGGCCAAUGUCAUAGAUGGGAUUGAGAGAGAUGCAAAACAGGUAUUAGCAGAAGAGAUAGAGCCAAAUGAGGUAGAUGGGAAUGAGGGAAUAGCCAAUCAGGAAGUGGCAAAGAAAGUUGCGAAUGUUGUGGAGACAAAGAAAGAGGGAGAGGAUUGUGUUCAGAGGAAACGUAGGAAUAGGAAGCUACGAAGGACUAAGAUUAACGUUCUGGAAGUAGAAGAGAUGAAGGAAAACGAGAUUGAGAGAGAAGGGAAUGAUGGAGAGCCCAAAAAGGAAGUGGCGAGUGAGGUAGCGGUGAUAGAUGCAGUGGCCACGCAGAAAUUUGUGAAAGAGGUAGUGGUCAAUGUCCUAGAAGGGAUUGAGAGAGAUGCCAAGGAGGACUUAGGGAAAGAAGUAGAGGCAAGUGAGGUAGAUGGGAAUGAGGGAAUAGCCAAACAGGAAGUGGCUAAGAAAGUUGACAAUGUUGUGGAGACAAAGAAAGAGGGAGAGGAUUGUGUUCAGAGGAAACGUAGGAAUAGGAAGCUACGAAGGACUGAGAUGGAAGUUCGCGAAGUAGAAGAGAUGAAGGAAAACGAGAUUGAGGGUGAGGGGAAUGAUGGAGAGGCCAGGAAGGAAGUGGUGAAAGAGGUAGUGGCCAAUGUCGUAGAAGGGAUUGGGAGAGAUACAAAGCAGGAAUUGGUGAAACAGGUAGAGGCAAUUCAGGUCGACACGAUUGAAGAAAAGGCCUUGCAGGUCUUGAUCAAUGAGGUAGAUACGAAUGAGGUAAAGGCCAAACAGGAAAUGUCAAAAAAAGUUGAGAACGUGGUGGAGGAGAUAAAACAGGAAAUUGAGGGAGAGUCCAAGCAGGAGGUGGUUACAGAGGUGGAGCCGAAUGAGGUAGAGGUGAUUGAUGUAGAAGUGGAGGUAGCAGUGAUUGAGCUCAAGGCGAAUGAAGUAGAGGCAGUCGAGGUAGAUGCCAACCAGGAAGUGGCAAAAGAGGUAGAGGAGAUUGAGGGAGAGUCCAAGCAGGAGGUGGUUACGGAGGUGGAGCCGAAUGAGUUAGAGGCGAAUGAGGUAGAAGUGACUGAGGUAGAAGUGGAGGUAGGGGCUAUUGAGGUGGAGGAGAGUGAGGCGAUUUUGGUAGAGGCGAAUGGUGUAGAGGCAAUAGAGCUAGAGGCAAAAGAAGUAGGAGCUAUUGAGUCAGAGGCAAAUGAGGUAGAGCUGAAGGAGGUCGACAUGAUUGAAGACGAUACAAAGCAAGUGGUGAAUGAGGAAGGGGGAUGCGAGCAACUUUGGAGGGCAGACAUUGUUCAGGAAGAGAAGAAAGAGAUUAAGCACAUCCCAUCUUCUAAGGGAGAGAGAAAGAACAGUUUCUGGCGUUGGGCAAUUUGGAGCUUCCUGGGCUGCACACGGCAGCUGGAGAACGAUGAGGAAGAGGAGAAUGAACGAGGAGACAGAGGGAAGGAGCGCCAAGACCAGGAGCUGGGAAACAAGAAGAAAGAAAAAUGGUGGAGACUCCGCGGAGGGAGAAACUAG